CGCCGCUUACAGCCGUGGGGGGUUGGUGGGCACGGCCUGCGGUGCGCUGUGCGAUGGGUGCUGUGAAGGCUGUCACAUUUAGCCGGGCCUCGUCCCUUGCCCCGGAGCUGGCAGCUCGGGUGGAGGUCAUUUGCGUCCCGUUGUCUCUGGGUGACGUGGAGUUGUGAGCUUUCCCUCCCGGAACACGACCUGCUGCUCGGUGAGACAGCAGAGGCCGACGUGCUCUGGGAUCAGCGGUGCCGUCCCGGACUGAGCGGUUUGGGGAUGGAGGCUCGUGCCUGACCCGCUCUCUUCAGGAUGUCCCUGACUGCAGGGUCCCCGCGGCCACUCAUUGUACAGCAGUUGUGCCAGGUGCUGGCUGCUCAGCCGGCCGUGCUGUUGGCUGGGGUUCGUGUUUGAAAUCUCCAUGUACUGAAAGCUUCUGGUGCUGUUCUUGUUGUUAAAAUGCUGUGAAUAAAACUGGCUGGGGAGCUAGAGGAUCUUAGCUUUAGAAACUGCCUUAUCUUGACUGUGUUAAUUAAGAAACUAAUCUGUGAGUGAAGUAUUUCAGGAAGAAGUUGAGGUGGAGAGAAUGAGAAAAUGUAAAUGGGCAGUUGCCUUACUGCCUUUUUAUUGUUGGUGUGAUAACAUCUGUGAAAUGCCCAGGAGAGCCAUCCACGUGCUGUAAUUAAUAUAAUGCUCAAUAUUUUAUUAACCUGGCUCAGGGUAAGCGUGGCACUGGGAAGAAAUGUCCCAUUUCAAAACAUUCCAGUAUUUAUUGUGACUUUUCUGCUGGGGCUGAACUAACAGACAAUUCAAUAACGCAGACCUUUGCCUAAAGCAUUGUUGGGGUUUUGUCAAACCCCUGCGUAUGGAGGAAGAGGUGGAUUUACUGCAUUUGCCUGAAUGUAGGACUGAGAGCUUUAAAUGCUGCUAGCACAGAAGGUGGGCUGGAGCAUGUCUGCAGAGAGUAACAGAGGUGGAUGUGCUUGUGGAAUAGUUAAAUUCUUGAUGCUGGUUGCAGAAAGAUGCUUCAAGUUGUGUUUUAAGGAAACGAGCUCACUGGGAAGGUGCUGUUGGCGGCAGCUGUCUGCACAAAGGCAGGGAAGGCCAUCGUCUCCCGGCAGUUCGUGGAGAUGACCCGAACCCGCAUCGAGGGGCUGCUGGCAGCGUUCCCCAAACUCAUGAACACUGGGAAGCAGCACACUUUUGUGGAAACGGAGAGUGUGCGCUACGUGUAUCAGCCGAUGGAGAAGCUCUACAUGGUGCUGAUCACCACGAAAAACAGCAACAUCCUGGAAGACCUGGAAACACUCCGACUCUUCUCUAGAGUGAUCCCUGAGUACUGUCGAGCUUUAGAGGAGAAUGAGAUCUCUGAGCACUGCUUUGACCUGAUUUUUGCCUUUGAUGAAAUUGUUGCCCUGGGCUACCGUGAGAAUGUAAACUUGGCACAAAUUCGGACCUUCACAGAGAUGGACUCGCAUGAAGAAAAGGUGUUCCGAGCUGUCCGAGAGACUCAGGAACGUGAAGCAAAAGCUGAGAUGCGUCGUAAAGCGAAGGAGUUGCAGCAGGCCAGGAGGGAUGCAGAGAGGCUGGGCAAGAAAGCACCUGGCUUUGGUGGCUUCGGCAGCUCGGCUGUGUCUGGGGGCACAACAGCAGCAAUGAUCACAGAGACCAUCAUUGAAACAGAGAAGCCCAAAGUGGCACCAGCGCCGUCCAGACCAUCAGGUCCCAGUAAAGCUCUGAAACUUGGUGCCAAAGGGAAGGAGGUGGACAACUUUGUGGACAAGCUGAAAUCAGAGGGAGAAAACAUCAUGACUUCUGUAGGCAAACGCUCUACAGAAGCAGCCAAAGUUCUUGCACCACCUAUUAAUAUGGAGAGUGUGCAUAUGAAAAUAGAGGAGAAAAUUUCCUUGACUUGUGGCCGUGAUGGGGGCUUACAGAAUAUGGAGCUGCAUGGCAUGAUCAUGCUGCACAUCUCUGAUGAAAAAUUUGCACGAAUUCGCCUGCAUGUAGAAAAUGAAGACAAGAGGGGAGUGCAAUUACAGACUCAUCCAAAUGUGGACAAGAAGCUGUUUACUGCAGAAUCACAGAUUGGUUUGAAGAACCCAGAGAAAUCAUUCCCUAUUAACAGUGAUGUGGGUGUGCUGAAGUGGAGGUUGCAGACGACGGAAGAGUCCUUCAUUCCAUUGACAAUUAACUGCUGGCCGUCAGAAAGUGGGAACAGUUGUGAUGUAAACAUUGAAUACGAGUUGCAGGAGGAGAGCCUAGAACUGAAUGAUGUGGUCAUCAUGAUCCCUUUACCGUCUGGUGUUGGUGCCCCGGUGAUUGGGGAGAUCGAUGGUGAAUAUCGCCAUGACAGCCGGAGAAAUCUCCUUGAGUGGUGCCUGCCAGUGAUAGAUGCCAAAAACAAGAGUGGCAGCCUGGAGUUCAGCAUAGCAGGGCAGCCAAAUGACUUCUUUCCAGUACAGGUCUCCUUCAUCUCCAAAAAGAACUAUUGCAACAUACAGGUUACCAAAGUGACCCAGGUGGAUGGAAACAGCCCUGUAAGGUUUUCUACUGAAACCACCUUCUUGGUGGACAAGUACGAAAUCCUGUAAUGCCAGCUGUGGGAAAUUGCAAAGGAAAUUUUUAAAUUAAAAAAAAAAAAGAGGCCGAAGUUUAUUCUGAAUGUUUGGAACGCCACAGCCCUCUCUGCUGAGACACAUGGCUCUGUGUGCCAUCUGCAGUGUCCUGGGUCACAGACAUUUUUGGCAGAGAAUUGACAUGUUCAUGGGGGGGAAAGGCUACGAAUUUCUUUGGCAGAUUUUUACUGGCUAGCAGGAGAACAAGAUCUCUGCAGAGAACCUGGCUUUGAUACUUCCCCAUCUCCCAUGAAGAUGACUGGAGCUCAGUCCCAGAGCCUACUUAGACAUCGCACUCACCCGUUUUUAAUUAUCACUGUUCCAUUGCUGGUGCUGCCAUUUUAAUUUCUCCUCAGCCUUCAACUCUUGCUUCUGGUGAUGAAAACAGGCAUAAAGAUAAUACACUCGGUGAUGCAGUGCUUCUCUGGAUCCUUCCAUCUGGAAGAAGUGGACUCGCUGCUCAGAUCCGAUUGCAGUGCUCCUUGCUGUCCCUCCAGCCCUGCUGUACAGCAGUGGACUUCAGCCCCAAAUCUGUAGGAGUCCUUUGGGCCUCUCCUGGUGUUGGCUGGGUCACCGUGGGCUUGUAGGUGGCACAGGCUGCGGCUCUGAGUGCUCCAGUCUGCCUUGCAGGGAGAACAACACCCAGAGGUGUCUGUCUGAAGGUUUGCUGUGUUGCAGUAACUCCCUGGCCAAGGUUCAUGUCCUGGCUCAGGCUAUGGCAGUGUCUUGGUAGGCUGAACUGCUUUACCUGGCAGGGUGCAGGCGUGCAUGGAGCCUGCUUUGCUUCACCUGCACACAGUAGGAGUGGGGUUAGGACCUGUCACAAACUAGCGUUCUUUCUUGGUGCUUAGGAGCGGAGGAGAGGGAAGUGGUAGUUUCCUGAAAGUCUGCUGGGUUGGUCUGAGCGUGAGCAGCACCCAGAGCUGUUCCUCUGCCUGCAUAGCAUCCCUUUGUCCCCCCAGAGCUGUGCUUCCCCCAGAUCCAUCCCACCCACUUGCUUUGGGGCAGUCACCAACACAGCAUGCGGUCUGCUAGCUGCUGUAUGGGAAGGGCUGCUGGGCUGAGCGUGCAGGUGAAAUCCAAGUGGUGUCCUGUCCUCAGGAGUCCUAAAACCAUGCACUGUGCAGCAGAGAGCACAGUGAAAGUGUGUUGGUUCCCAUCGGGUCCUCUGCCAAAGAAGUUAGCGGUCUCUCCUCUGUUAACAGCGCCAGCAAGGAAAUAAACUGAUUCUUUCCCUGGGAGGGUGAUGUGUUCUGGGGGAGGGAAAGCAAACCCUGUUCUGUAGUGAAGUAGACAAUGAAUCUUAUUAAUUCAGUUGUGUUCAGGAGUUGCUUGUCUGUAUGAUUUUAAAAUGGAGUCGAGUUUAGUUCAAACAUCAAAGGAGCAUUUUUAUUAAAUUUGUUGGAGGGUAAUAUUUAAAAACCAGAACCCCAGUUUUUGUAACCCUGUACAAUAAUGGCCUAGGGAAUAGAGCACAUUCCAGUGUAUACAAAGAAUACAAAUUCUUUAAUCAAAUAAAAAGAGUAUUAUAAAA